AAAUUUCAAAUAGGCUACACGAGAUUCAAGGCUUCAAUUUAUGUUCUUUAGCCGGUGUGAUGAAAUAAAAAGUGUGUCUGAAGCGAAAUUAAUCAAUAAAAACAGUGAGAGCAAGUGGACGGCAUGGCAAUGGCGCAGAGAGGAGUCCUUGGAGUAAUUAAAAAAAUAGGGUCCAACCCAAGAGUUUCACUCCAGUGUGCUGGAGUACAAAAUCGACGCGCGUUGAGUAACCACCUAUGGAGUGGAAGACGACACUUUUCCGCCGCAAUUACAGUGUUUAGACAAAAGUCUGUGUGUCAACAAUGCGAACGCUUCUAUACCACUGAAAGCACAAAAAAGGCAGCAAAUCCGGAGAUUUUGUCAAAGCUGUUUCCCCAAACAGCACUCAAUGUUGACGAGGAAACUGAACGCGAACGAAAACGCAAAGAAGAGGAGGAGGCGAAAGAAAAUGAGAAGGCAUGGAAGCGAAUGAAAAUCGGCUUUGGAGUUUUUGCUGGAAGCGGCAUUGCGUUUGCCAUAUGGGCUGUGUAUGAGUUUGGCAAGCCGGAGGUAGAUGCGGAAGGCCAAGAUAUCGAAGAUGAGUUUAGCAAAAAUCCCGUUGUUCAACAGUACAUACAGCGCAUGUGGAAGUCAAUGAACUACUAUCAAAAAAUGAUUCAAGAACCAUCACGCGAUAAACUUUUGCCAGAUCCAUUAAAGCCACCGUACAUACAACCUCCAUAUACAUUGGUGCUGGAAAUGAAAGAUGUUCUGGUUCAUCCUGAUUGGACUUAUCAAACUGGGUGGCGGUUUAAGAAACGUCCUGGGGUUGAUCUUUUCCUACAGGAAUGUGCUAAGCAUUUUGAAAUCGUAGUUUUUACCGCAGAACAGGGAAUGACUGUGUUUCCGAUCUUGGAUGCGCUUGAUCCAAAUGGAUAUAUUAUGUAUCGUCUGGUGCGUGAUGCAACGCAUUUCGUUGAUGGGCAUCAUGUCAAAAAUUUGGAUAAUUUGAACAGAGAUUUAAAAAAGGUCAUUGUUGUGGAUUGGGAUCAAAAUGCAACUAAGAUGCAUCCUGAUAAUACAUUCAAUAUUACACGAUGGUUGGGCAAUGAUGACGAUACACAACUGCUGGAUUUGAUUUCAUUUUUGAAAACGUUGGCAGCUGCUGAAGUCGAGGAUGUGCGCGAUGUACUGCAUCACUAUCGCCAAUUUGAUGACCCUAUCGUUAAAUUUAGAGAAAACCAACGGCUUUUGUUAGAGCAAAUGCAAGAAAGAGAACGUGAAGAACUAGCCAAGUCAAAGCCAAUGGUGAAAAAGUGGACCCCAAGCUUCCUUGGACGGUCAUAAUAAGCGGCAUAUGGUCGUACUGUAAUACAAUCCCUACCGCAUGCUUUGUAAUAACUACUUAUUUGCAUAGUUUUUAUUCAUUAAAAUGAAAAGUUUUCUUUA